GACCGGCGGGGGACCAGUUUCCGGUGUGUGAUGUCACUCCUCUGUGCAUGCCUGAAAGAGUGGCUUCUUUAACAGAAAUUUGAUUCAGCAAACCAAUCACAAUGGGGAUAUUGGAGAAAAUUGCUGAAAUUGAGAAAGAAAUUGCUCGAACACAAAAAAACAAAGCCACUGAGUACCACUUGGGUUUACUCAAGGCCAAACUUGCAAAGUACAGAUCUCAGCUUCUUGAGCCCUCCAAGUCAGCUGGAGCUAAAGGUGAAGGUUUUGAUGUUAUGAAAUCUGGAGAUGCACGUGUUGCUCUUAUCGGUUUCCCUUCUGUGGGUAAGUCCACUUUUCUCAGUUUGAUGACUUCUACUGCCAGUGAGGCUGCCUCUUACGAGUUUACAACCCUCACGUGCAUACCUGGCGUUAUAGAGUACAAAGGGGCCAAUAUUCAGUUACUUGACUUGCCAGGAAUCAUUGAAGGAGCUGCUCAAGGCAAGGGCAGAGGUAGACAAGUCAUUGCUGUUGCCAGAACUGCAGAUGUUGUCAUCAUGAUGUUGGAUGCUACUAAAGGAGAUGUCCAGAGAGAACUUUUAGAGAAAGAACUGGAGUCUGUGGGCAUCAGGCUUAAUAGAACAAAACCAAAUAUAUAUUUCAAGCAAAAGAAAGGUGGCGGUCUCUCCUACAACUCAACAGUUCCUCUCACCCAAUGCUCAGAGAAGCUGGUUCAACUCAUCCUUCAUGAAUACAAAAUAUUUAAUGCAGAAGUCCUUUUCAGGGAGGACAGUACGCCAGAUGAAUUCAUUGAUGUCAUUGUGGGGAACAGGGUCUACAUGCCGUGCCUUUAUGUUUACAAUAAAGUGGAUCAGAUUUCCAUUGAGGAGGUGGACCGUCUCGCUCAUAGACCCCACAGUGUAGUCAUCAGUUGUGGGAUGAAAUUGAACUUGGAUUACCUUUUGGAGACGUUGUGGGAAUACCUGGCCCUCAUUUGUAUUUACACAAAGAAGAGAGGCGAGAGACCAGACUUUAAUGAUGCCAUCAUUAUGAGAAGAGGAGCAUCUGUUGAGCAUGUGUGUCAUCGAAUCCACAGAACCUUAGCUAGCCAGUUCAAAUAUGCCUUGGUUUGGGGAACCAGCACCAAGUACAGUCCCCAGAGAGUGGGUUUAACACACAUCAUGGAGCAUGAAGAUGUCAUCCAGAUUGUAAAGAAAUAAAACUGAGGCCUUAUUAAGCACAAGGAACUCAGGAGGCAAGACUUAUGUUAAGAUAUACAACCAAGAAAAAAAACACAAUUAUCAUUUUAUAGAGUUUACUAAACUGGGAAAAGAUUUGUGUUAAACUAGCAAAGAGAAAUAAGGGCAUUUGAAGAUGGAUUUUAUGAAAAGCAAUAUUCUAUAACAUAACAUAUGAAAGUGAGAAGUGAAAUGUUGAAGAUAAACCUUGGAUCCUUAAAAAUGUAAUCAACACAUGUACAUUAAAUUUGGUAUACGCUGUUGUUAUAAUGUUGGAAUAUAUAAACCCUGAUUGGAAAAGGAAAAGGAUGAAUAAU